AUGGCCGUCAACGCUGCUUACGUCCACAACCUGGAGGACCGUCUCGCGGCCCUUGAGGCCCGCGAGACGGCGCUGGAGAGCGCCUCGAACCGGCAGCUGCUCCAGGAUGCGUCCGAGGUCGCCGCGUCCCUGGACGGCGGCUACAUGCUGAUGUCCGGCUUCCUGGUUUUCUUCAUGCAGGCCGGCUUCGCCAUGCUCUGCGCCGGCUCGGUCCGCUCCAAGAACACCAUGAACAUUCUGCUGAAGAACGUGCUCGACGCGUGCGCCGGCUCCCUCGGCUGGUGGCUCUUCGGGUUCGGCCUCGCCUACGGCAAGUGCUCGUCGCCGAACGGCUUCAUCGGCUGCGGUAACCUGGCGAUGUACCACGUCGGCGAGGACCACGGCUUCCAGACCUGGUUCUUCCAGUGGGCGUUCGCCGCCGCCGCCGCCACCAUCACUUCGGGCUCGGUCGCGGAGCGCACCUCGCUCAUCGCCUACUUCCUCUACUCGAUCUUCCUGACGGCCUUCGUGUACCCCGUCGUCGUGCACUGGGUGUGGGACGGCGCUGGCUGGAUCUCGGCCUUCAAGUCGACCGGCUCGGGCCCCAUCGCCGACUCCGGCAUGAUCGACUUCGCUGGCUCCGGUGUCGUGCACAUGACGGGCGGCUUCGCCGGCCUGAUUGGCGCCAUCGCUGUGGGCCCCCGCACGGGCCGCUUCGACGCUGACGGCAAGCCCGUGGCGCUCCCCGGCCACUCGGCGACCCUCGUGACCCUCGGCACCUUCAUCCUCUGGUUCGGCUGGUACGGGUUCAACCCGGGCUCGACCCUGGCCAUCUCGUCGGCGGGCACCCUCAAGGUGACGGCGCACGUGGCCGUGACGACGACGCUCGGCGCCGGCUCCGCGGGCGUGACCUCGCUCUUCCUGACGUACGCCCAGACCGGCGUGUGGGACCUCCUCGCCGUGUGCAACGGCCUGCUCGCCGGCCUGGUGUCCAUCACGGGCCCCUGCCCCGUCGUCACGGCCUGGGCCGCCGUCCUGAUCGGCGCGAUCGGCGCGUUCGUCUUCAACUACUCGUGCAAGCUGCUCGAGAAGCUCAAGAUCGACGACCCCCUGUCGGCCGCCCCCAUGCACGGCUUCUGCGGCGCCUGGGGCGUGUUCAUCAUCGGCCUGCUCGCCAAGGAGGACAUGGUUGCCGACGCGUACGGCUUCUCGGACAUCAAGGGCGCGUUCUACGGCGGCAACGGCAAGCUCCUCGGCCUGCAGAUCCUCGGCAUCAUCGUCAUCGCCGCCUGGGUGUGCUUCUGGAUGUCGGUCCUCUUCUUCUCGCUCAAGUUCGCCGGCCUGCUGCGCGUGUCGCCGGAGGAGGAGAUGGCCGGCCUCGACGUGUCGAAGCACGGCGGCUCGGCCUACAACAACGACGACAUGAAGAAGGAGAAGCCCUCGGGCCUCUGA